GCCUCCAACCGGUUUCAGCUGGUUCUGUUCACCCAGCCUACAGCAGUACUUUGCUGCAGUACGGCCUUAGAAUCGGAGACAGGAGCCUACCCUGCAGGAAAUAUUGGAUUUUUGUCUCUGUACAAUAUAUAAAGCCUCUGUAAGAAAAAAGAAUAGAGAAGCAUAAUGGUCACAGGAAGCACAAGAAAUUAUCUAUUGAUAUGGGACAAGAAAAAGAGGAGGAUGGUCAUAGGUGGACAAUGAUGUAUAUGGCCUUCUUUGGAGGAGUACACCACCCCGUGCAAAGAGGAUGUGACUUGUGCGAAAGUCCUGUACCUGGGAAAAUGUAUCCACGCGGCAAUCACUGGGCUGUAGGUCAUUUGAUGGGCAAGAAGAGCGUCAGUAGUUUUGCAACUCUACAACAAAGUGACCACAACAGUGACAACCUCAGAGACUGGCGAACGGAGGAGGCCACGCAAUACGCGCGUCUGAUGCAACGGAAAACUCACCAAUUGAAGGCUGCUCAGAUGCACAACCUGGCUCUGCUACACAGCAGGAGGAGACGAGUGGACAGAUACAAAUAUCUCCGAGAGAUAAAUGACCUCCUGCUUCUGACUUUGAAACUCCAAGAGAAUGACUCUAUAUAAGUAAAUAUUUUUGUUAUUGAUAUGACAUGUGAUAGUCUAUUUAUGUUGCAGCAAAAUACUAAAAUAAUGUAAAACUAAUCAAGAAUUCUGUCAAUAUGCUUCCAUUGCGAAUUCACCAUUUACAUAAAUAUAAGUCACAUUCUGCUUUAGUCUGUCAUCUGACAACAAUACCGCAAGGUGGCGCACAAGUCUCACAAACCUGUAUUUAAAUGUGUCCGUGGAUCGCUGA